AUGGAUCAACUACAAAAAAGAUGCGGGGAUACAACCUACACUACAUAUGUCAUAGGAAAACUGAGGAGGGUAAAAGGACCAGAAAUAAUUCGAAAGAGGUCAGAUGUAGAUGCCCGGAAAACUGACAUUACAAUAGAAAAUGAACGGGGAACACGUAUGACAAUAGCUUUGUGGGGAGACAUAGCCAACCCAAUCCAUAAUGCAAAAACAAUCAGGGAGGGUCAGAAUGUGAUAGUGAUAGUAACCGGUCUAACAGUACAUAAAUUUUCAGAUUCAACUCAAGUGGUUGUUAUUGAUAACAAAGAAAAGAAAAUAGACCCUGGAACUGCCAUAGAAGAAUUACUUUUUGGAAACAGAAUCACUGUGAUGGAAGGACUUCAAUUUCUACAGAAGUCAGACAAUAAGGGAACAACAUUCACGUUCAAGGCAACAAUGAUCGGUAUUCUAGAACGAUCAACUUGGUUCUACAUGGCAUAUCCAAGAUGUACCAAGGCACACCUCAUGAAAGAUGGAAUUCCAUGGUGCAAAAGUUGCGAGAAAAGAGUGAGAAAUCCAGUUCCACGAUACAAGUUGCAGCUCAAAGUUACAGACAAUACCACACCAGCUGCAAUAAUAGUUUCGGGGCCAGCUGCAGAACCACUCCUUGAUAAUGAAAAUAUGGCAGAGAAUGUACCUGAAAUAUUGGAUACACUGGGAAGGUCAUUCAUAUUCAAAGUGCAUCUCACUGAGAAAUCUUUUGGCUACAAUAAUUUUUCAGUCAGGAAACUAUAUCCGAUAAAUUAUGAUUUGGAAGCUAAAUACGAACUCCGCAAUAUGCAACAAGUGACAAAAUUCAAACACAAAUUAUAG